AUGGCCACUCCGAUGCGGGGGAGCGGCUCUCCGCUGGCACCGGAAAAGGGCGUGUUCCCGCUCGAUCACUUCGGCGAGUGCAAAAAGGGCAUGAAGGCCUACCUCAGCUGCCUCAAGAGGCACGGCGAGGAAGCCUCGGCGUGCAGGCAGCUCAGCGCAGAUUACCUCAAGUGCAGGAUGGAGCGCGAGUUGAUGGCGGAGCAGCCGCUCGAGGAGCUGGGGUUCAGCAACAAGGCCGAAGCCGUGAAGGGCAAGAACGAGAAAAAGGCGGAGAGGCGAGAGGGGCCGAGCAAGUCGGAGGGGUUCGUGGGUGGAGUGCGAUACGCAAGUCGAGGAGCCAGGAAGGAGUAG